AUGAAGUUUGGAACUAGUCAAAACAAGAAUUUGUUUGAAGCUAUAAAUAGUGAAGGUGACAACGUUGACCUCUUUGAGGAAGAAAUUAAUGAUGAAUUUUUACAAAUUAACAUUGAGGCAGUGAACAUGGAAAUGGAAAAUGAACUGGCAAUAGAACAAUUUUUUGAUAUUA